GAGUUCAUUAAUACGUAGAGGAAGGGGAGGAGGUGGACAGCUCUUCUUCUACGAUGUGCUGAGAGCUGCUGUUUCAUUUCACCCCCGUCUCCGAGCAGCUUAGUCCUCCCUUUCUCUUUAGCUUUAAGUGUUAUCUCGCUUUUUGAUGACAAGUGCCAACAUUUUUGAUUGUUUUUCUGUACCUCCAGCCUCACCGUGAAGACCAGUCCACAGGGCGGUAAAGAGAGAAGUUUAAACACCAGCUGCUGCUCACGAGACGGCGGGUCGAGGUUUCACGGUCCAACACAUCUUUAGUUGAAUUUAUAUAGUUUUUUGGGACGUUAUCAUCGACUUCAGUGAAGUUUUUUUGUAUUCACUCCGAGAAGACAGCCCAUCCACCCCUGGCAUCAUGACUCGGAGGUCCUGUGCCAUUUACGCCACCGGCAUCGUGUGUGCUCACCUCCUGAUAGUGGGGAUCGCCCUGGUCGUGGCUCAAGUCUUCCAAACAAUGAUCCACAGCCGGUUAAAAAAGGAAAUUACUUUGACAGAGAAGAGCCAAGUGUUUGAAUCAUGGAAGAAUCCCCCUCCACCUGUUUAUAUGGAGUAUUACUUCUUCAAUGUGACCAAUCCAGAGGUGUUCUUGGCAGGCGGGAAGGCAGCUGUUGAACAAAUCGGACCUUAUACUUACAGGGAAUACAGGCCACGGGAAAAUGUAACUUUCCUGGAGAACGGCACCAAGCUUUAUGCCCUGAACCCCAAAACCUUUGUAUUUGUGCCCGAGAAGUCAGCCGGUAACCCCGAGGUCGACAUUCUCAGGACUGUCAACAUCCCAUUCGUGGCGAUCAUGAAUGAGCUGAGCUCGUACUCGUUCAUCCUGCGGACAUUUGUUUCCAUGUACAUUAACCGCCUGGGCGUCGAGGUGUUUAUGACCCGCACUGUCCACGAGGUUCUGUGGGGCUUCAAAGACCCUCUUCUCUCAAAGGUGCAUUCCCUGAAGCCCGAAGUGGAUGAAUAUUUUGGACUAAUGUGGAAGAAAAAUGGCACCCAUGAAGGAGAGUUUGUGUUCCACACCGGCGAGGAGAACUACUUGGAUUAUGGCAAGAUCGACACAUGGAACGGCCUUAGGGAGAUGUCGUGGUGGUCUUCCAAUCAGAGCAACAUGAUCAACGGUACGGACGGUGCGGUCUUCCACCCUCUGAUAAACAGGAACGAGCUGCUCUACAUCUUUGCUGCUGAUCUUUGCAGAUCUAUCCAUCUAGCCUACGUGGAAGACGUAGAGGUGAAAGGCAUCCAGGCAUACCGCUUCGCUCCCCCUAACGACGUUCUCAUGAACCCCAAAGACAAUCCCACUAAUGAAGGCUUCUGUGUGCCAGCUGGAGACUGUCUCGGCACCGGGUUGCUUAAAGUCAGCGUUUGUCGAGAAGGUGCUCCCAUCGUGGUAUCUUUCCCCCACUUUUAUCAAGCGGACCCCAUGUACAUCAACGCUGUUGACGGGCUAAACCCCAACAAGGAGGAACACGAGACCUACCUCGACCUGCAACCGACCACAGGGGUUCCCAUUCGUGCCUGCAAAAGAGCUCAGCUCAAUAUCAUCCUGAAAAGAGUUCAAGGCUUCCCUAAAACAAAGUUCAUCAACGAGACGAUUUUCCCCAUCAUGUUCGUCAAUGAGACGGCAACUAUUGACGAUGACUCCGCGUCCCAGAUGAGGACAUUGCUCCUAAUUGUGACUCUCGUGUCAAACUUCCCUGUGCUCAUUGUGGGCAUGGGCAUCAUCCUGCUGCUGGUGCUCGUCGUCUUGUUCUGCCGAAACCGCCAGAAGAAGAAUGAAGUAAAACGUAUUGAUUUUACUGAAGCUUUUCAUUCUUUUACUACGGUGAAGGACGACACAGCCUACACUCAGGUCAGCGACAAACCCGACGAGCCGUCAGAAACGCCAGCCAACCAGCCGAUGCGGAAUGGCUCCUACAUUGCCAUGUCGCCAGUGGAGGCCCAGAAGUGUUGAUGGAGGAUCCCCUCCCCAUGUGUGGAGCUGAGGGAGCAGCACAGGGGUGUUACAUUACCACGGGUGGGGUUUAGCAUACACAGUGAGCUCAUUACGCUUACUUUAGGGGGGUGGGGGAGGAUAUGGAAAGGCGUGGACCACAAUCCCCUGUUAAUGUUUGGUCAACAAAGACAUUGCUCCUCUCACUGAGCCCCUUUUAUGACUGUCUGUCCUCCUCUACUCUACCUGCUGAGCAUGGCCCUCACUGCCUGUCGUACCGCAACACAACAAACUCACACACUCUUAUUCCUCGUUUCUGUCCUGGUUGGCCUUUAAAGAUCAAGGGACUCUGGGUAGGCUCGGCCAGGACAAGCUUUCCCCCGUACUUCUUCUGAGGGAACGUGGUAGCAUAGGUGUUGCUGUCGCACACAGAUGCGUGAUCUUCCGAGCAGACUCUGCCAACUGAUGCUGCUCAACGAGGGUUUUAGUAUUCAGCUGAACAACAGUGGGUGUUGUUACCGUCUUGUUCUUGCUCUUUUCCUCUCCAUCAGAGGAGAAAACUUCAAGGCGAACAAAUAAAAAAAUGUAAAAAGACCCUGUAAACUCAAUCCUUAGGACAAAACUCUAAGUUCCUGCGCUCAGAGGAUUAAAUAGUUUUGCUACUAAAAACUGAACUUAGCAUAUCCUGUUUUGUAAAAAAUAUAUAUAGAAACACUGAGCCAAGCUAUUUAUAGCAUUUUUUGCCUUUUUCUCCUAAGAUGAAUUAGUGCACAUACCACACUUCCAAUAUCAGUCAGUAAAAGUGUGUGUGCAACUUAUUUUACACUUUAGUGUCCUGUGUGGAUGGGACAAUAGGCAACAAUUGUUCUUGAUGUGGGCACAGUGUAAUGACUAGAAUGCCCUCCCUUCACUGGUUGUCACCAGUAGCUUGGUAAAGUUGCACCUUUUUAGGCUUCAUCACAAUUAAAAACAAAUGGGGGGGGGGGGGAAACACCCACCAAGCUUCAAGAGAGAAGAGAGAGACUUGAACCUGCUUUCUGCCUUAUAAUGGUUCAGUAUGUUCUGUAUGUUUCUGUAUUGUUCAGAUAAGCUGGAAAUCUCUUGUUGUUGUUGUACAUAUGUAAAAGGGGGAAAUGUUGAGACACCUCUGACCAAAUCUAGCAAGCAGUCCUUCUAGGUGUGCUGUAAGACACUAAUUUUGGAGUCGACCGCUCCUGCACGUCUACACUGUUACUUACUUCUUAGAGAAAGCACAAUUUGGAUUGCUAAAACCAGUCCUUACACAAAGCUACCAGUUUUUUUUUGUCCUAUUAUGGCAUAGAUUUAUAGUUAAUCUGUCAAAGACACUGUCAAGGUGGCGUGGCUAUAAACAAAAACAAAAAAGUGGAAUCAUUGGGGUUUUGAGGGAGCUCUGUGCACCACUCGCCGCUGUGCAGUCAUUCAGUUUGCCAAGGAGCUGUAGGCAUUCAGGCAAAACGCAGCACACAGUACUUGAAUCACUGUUUGUCUUAUGUUUCAUGUGUUUUCAUUUUUCUGUCCACUACACUUGUCGCGUCACAUCAAAUCCUGUGCUAGUCGCUAAUUGGAAGUGAAUUUAUGGCCAUAAUACUGUCUACAUGGAAAAUUUCCUGCACUUUGCCCGGAAAUUGUGCCCUGUGUAUUUUCAUUGUUGUUUUUGUUUUUCAUCCUGUUUAUUUCAAUGAAGGUGGUCCAUCUGUUCAAUGCAUUUCAAUGGUUUGUUCUAACUAGUAUUGGUCAUGAAGGACGUUGUAAAUGAACAACACACAUCCAUGCCUCUGUGUUACAUGCUUUUCAGCACAUGGAGUGUCUUCUUUUGAUAUACUUUUUGUAUUUGCUAUUGCUGCUAAAAAAAAAAAAAAAAAAAAUUGCCAUAACCUAUGGACUUCUACUUGUACACACAUGUACAUAACAUGCUCAUAUUCUGUUUCAGGUUGAGCAGCAGAGGCAUUUUCUUUAAGGCUUUCUGUGUUAAUUCUUUUGACAUCUGAGCACAAGAUACAAAGCCUGAAGCUUGCUGCCAUUUAUUGGAAUUAGCAGUUACAGUUAUCACUAGCAAUGCUGUUGUAAAGUAUCACACCUAACACUCAUUCCUCUUAUUAGCAGAAGGAUUUGACCAUAUUACAUGUAUUUUUGGAGUUAAUAAUAUGAGCAGUACACUUAACCAUUUGCUGGAGGUGCCC